AUGCCUCGGCACAACGCCGCCGGGAUACCGAUGCACGACAACAUCACUCUCCAGUGCAUUGUUUGCCCGAACAAGCCGACAUUCUCUGAUCUGAGCCAUCUUCUCACUCAUUUGCAGUCCAAGGCUCAUCUCCAUAAGAAGAACGUCCUGGAGCUCAACGCGUCCGACGACACCGCUGCUGCCGCCAUCUUGGACAACUACACCAGAUGGAUGCGGGACAACAACCUCACCAAGCGGUGCAAGGAGCGCCAGGACCGGAAGGACACCAGUCAGCGUGGCUAUGGGGCCAGAGCCACCAACGCUUCUCGUCGCGCGGCCAAUUCGACCACUUCUCGCAACCGCCCUAGGAGCUCGCAGGCCGCAGGCCGUCAACCGCAAGCGCUCCGCGAGAACACCAUCGACCCCCAGCUCGAUGCUCACAUUAAGAUUGAGGAUGAGCCUACCUCGGACCCGUACGCCUACAACCCUGCGAUCGCCGGUCCACACUAUGCACCACCAAUGAGCGGCUAUGGCACGACUCCUUACCCCGUGCCGUCCACCAUGCAAGAGCCGUCCGUGUUUGACAGCAUCGACACCGAUUCUUCAAGCAACUCGCCGUACGUUGAGGCAGCACCACGCAGAAGCGCUCGCGGCAACAAGCAUACCAGGAGCAUCACCGAAGUCGACGACGAUGACGACUAUGAGUUGUAUCAGGGUAUCAGAGUUCCCAAGACUCAUGCCGAGCCGCGCAAGAAGCACGACUUCCCAGGUUGCAACGUCAUGGAUUGCGCCACGCAGGAGGGCAAGCGCAUGCGCAACCAGAAGAAAGACGACAGUGCCAUCGUCCUGCUGGAGAACGUGAGCAAGAGCAUCUCGCCGCGUGAGAUCGUCUCGAUCGGUGGUGUGCCGUGUCGUGAUAGAGAGAUCACCGGCUUCCCCAACUCUGACGACGGGCAGCCUGUGCUCCCCGGUGAGGGCCCAUCCACGCCGCCGUCCUCGCCGCCCAAGAAGAAGCAACGGGCCUAUGCCACUCGUGCUGCACCAACCAAGCGCAAGGCUGCCACUCAGUUGGGUGGCUGGGCCGCGGCACUGGCGGUCAACAGCAACACGCAGCAAGCUCCCUCUGCUCCGGCCUUCCCGUACGUCAAUCUUAACGACGUUAACGACGGCAUGACAUUCGGUGGGCCAUCUUCUCGUCGCCAGGGCGGUAUCCGCGUCCACCACGACAACAGUGGUCCCGCCAUCACCUUCGGCAACACCCGGCUCCCCGUCCUCACUUCCGGCCUCCAGCAGCAGCCGUCAAUGCAGCCACGCUUGUUCAUGCAAGGCCAGCAGGAGUUCAACUACACGAGCAGCUACAGCCACGACAUGUUCGCGCCACAGCUCCUCUCAACUGAUGGCGGCAACCCGCUGGGCCUCACCACCCCGAAUUUCGGCAGCUUCGGGUUCCUCAACAACUUCUCCGUGCCAGCGGUCCUGGGUGGCAGCAACCCCCUGUCCUACGGUGGCACGUCGCAGCCCGCGGUCUUCGGGACGCCGCAGCAGGCCGCCGGCACCGUUCCCUCCUCCCGCCCGCCGACCAUCAACUCCUUCGGCCCGGGCAUGACCGCCAACAACGGCAACACUCAGGCUGCUCCCGCCUACGACCCGUUGGACGGAAUGAUGAUGCCGACCUUCGACCUCCCAACCGCCGCCUUCCCGCCCGUCGAUCAGAACCUGAUCCUCGGCAGCAACGACGACGGCUCAGGAGCCGCAGACUCGGAGGGCACCGUCUCCCCGCCGAGCAGCAGCAGCUGA